UGACUGUCAGCACAGGUGACUGUCAGCACAGUCCACCAUCACAGGCAACCAUGCAGAGUCCAUCAUCACAAGAGAUCACGCAGUCCCGGAUUCGCAAACGAGCUCCAGCCUGGUCCGAACGGGAGGUACUGGAUCUCAUUGCAUGUUGGGGAGACGAGUCUGUUAUAGCAGAACUACGUUCCAGAAAAAAGGAAUGCAAAUACGUAUGCUAAAGUCUCCAGGGCCAUGACGGAAAUAGGCUACUCCAGGGACACAAAGCAGUGUCAAACAAAAAUCAAGGAGCUCAGGCAAGUGUACCAAAAAGCCAGGGAGGCGAACAGGCGCUCUGGGUCACAGACCCAUACAUUCUGCUUCUACCAUGAGCCGCAUGCAGUUAUGGGGGGUGACGCCACCACUACCCCACCACUGUCCGUGGACACCUGCAAGGGCGGAGUUGCACGGAACGAGGAGGAAGAGUCAUUGGAGGACAAAGAGGAGGAGGACAGUGCGCAGGCGGCAAGUGGGGAAUGUGUUUUCCCCCCUAGCCAGGAACUAUUCUUAACGCUGGAGUCAAUAGCCUCCCCCACUCUCAAGGUGGGCUCCCGGACCAUGACCCUGGAGCAGGUACUUCUGGUGCAAAUGUUUCAACGUGGCCCCUAUCUACUCCAUCCCAGAGGCUGGUCCAGAUUAGAGGGUGGAAAAAAUGAACUCGGGACAACAUGUUCGCCAAGCUCAUGCAGUCCUCUCGCACUGAUAGGGCCCAGCUGAAUGUGUGGAGGCAAAUAAUUGCAGAGUCCCAUAAAGCAUUACAGGAACACGAAGAGAGGAGGGACGCGCGCAAUAAGAGCAGGCAGGACGCUAUGGUCAAGCUCAUGGGGGAACAAACUGACACGCUCCGCUGUAUGGUAGAUCUAAUGUGGGAAAGCCAGCAAGACCACAGACUGCCACUGCAGCCCCCAUAUAACCUCCCUCCCUCCUCCCCAAGUUCCAUAGCCUCCUCACCCAGACGCCCAAGAACACGAGGGGGGAGGCUACGGGGACCCACACACUCAACCCAGAGGAUCGCCCAAGCAGCAGAAAGCUGGCAUAUGCGAACUUUUGAUUUGGUUUCUGGACUUGUCCUUCCCUCCUCCUCCACCCCCCUAACCCAAUACCGCCCUCCCCCCCUCCCCGGUCUACCUUCUGAUUUCUCUCAAUGUGUUGUGCAACAAAUAAUAAAGAACAGUUUUUAAACAAUUUUGACUUUAUUUUCUUUCAUAUAUAUAGGGGGCAGGUAACUUCAAGAGAAAUAAACACAACUGUUACACCGUACCCUGGCCAGUCAUGAAGCUGGCUUUCAAAGCUUCUCUGAUGCGCAGCGCGCCCUGCUGCACUCUUCUAAUCGCCCUGUUGUCUGUCUGUACGAAAUUGGCUGCCAGGCAAGUUGCCUCAACCUCCCACCCCACCAUAAAUGUCUCCUCCUUACACUCUCAGAUAUUAUGGAGCACACAACAAGCAGCAAUUACAAUUGGAAUAUUGGUUGUGCUGAGAUCUAACCAAGUCAAUGAACUGCACCAGUGCGCUUUCAAACAUCCAAAAGCACAUUCUACCACCAUUCUGCACUUGAUCAGUCUAUAGUUGAACUGCUCCUUACUACUGUCCAGGAUGCCUGUGUAUGGCUUCAUGAGUCAUGGCAUUAAGGGGUAGGCUGGGUCCCCGAGGAUAACUAUAGGCAUUUCAGCAUCCCCAACACUAAUUUUCUGGUCUGGGAAGUAAGUUGUUCAAACAGACCAGAGUUCCUGAAGAUGCGAGCGUCAUUCACCUUUCCCGGCCAUCCCACAUUGAUGUCAGUGAAACGUCCCUUAUGAUCCACCAGUGCUUGCAGAACCAUGGAAAAGUACCCCUUGCGGUUUAUGUACUGGCCGCCCCGUUGUGCCGGGGCCAAGAUAGGGAUAUGCGUUCCGUCUAUCGCCCUGCCGCAGUUAGGGAACCCCAGUGCAUUAAAGCCAUCCACAAUGGUCUGUACAUUUCCCAAAGUCACUACCCUUGAUCGCAGCUAGUCAAUGAUUGUGUUGGCUACUUGCAGCACAGCAGCCCCUACAGUAGUUUUGCCCACUCCAAACUGAUUCCCGACUGACCGGUAGCUGUCGGGCGUUGCAAGCUUCCACAGUGCUAUGGCCACUCGCUUCUCAACUGUGAGGGCUGCUCUCAUUUUGGUGUCUUUGCGCUUCAGGAUAGGGGACAGCAAGUCACAAAGGUCCAUGAAAGUGGCCCUAUGCAUUCGAAAGUUUCGCAGCCACUGGGAAUCAUCCCAGACCUGCAACAUUAUGCGGUCCCACCAGUCUGUGCUUGUUUCCCAGGCCCAGAAUUGGUGUUCCACGGCACGAACCUGGCCCAAUGCCACCAUGAUCUCCCAAUCGCCACAUGCCAUGCUUCUAGGAACGUCUGUGUCCAUGUCCUUAUCAGUAUAGUAAUCGCACUGUUGUCGC